AUGACAAACCCCACCCAGCAGCCCAACAACAGAGACCUUCCACGCGCCAUCACCGACUCGUCUCUCCCAACUCGCCGCCGCCAUGACCCUCCUUCGCCCCAGGACCCCGGCCCCUACGAUCAAGCCGGUUGCUCCUCUCGACGGAGCUCUUCCAAGCGUGCAUCUUCCUCCAAGCGUGGAUCCUCUUCCAAGCGCGGCUCAUCGUCGAGGCCGUCGGUGGCCCAGCUCGAAGACCACCAGAAUCGCUCAAGCCCCUCGGAUCCCGAUCCGUAUGCCCACCAGGUCUACAGCGACGGUCUCCUGCCCACUCUUGCAAAGCUGCGCAAGGCCGAGGAGAGGGACGACCGCAGGAACUCGCGCAUAGAACAGGGCGGUGUCUACUCUUCCAGUGUAGGUCUCGUCCCGUCCCGUCCCGUCCCAUCACCCCGCGCCACCUGCUGA